CAAUAAUGUAACAUGUGAGGUCCAAUAAUUUAAGCAUAGAAAUAUGUAAUGAAAUUGUUUGGCAUGGUAAUGCCCAAUGUUUCAGUUUUUAUUCGGUAGGCACCUGCCGAACUUUCUUUACAUUCGGUACACAUCUGCCGAACAUAUCACUCGACUUUCCGUCGCUCGAUGUUCCCCUAGUUAACCUGGCCAUAACUUUUCGAGGAAAUUAACCCGCACUAGGAAGGAGGAAUGAAGUGGGGCUUGACCAUGGCAGCUUCCAAGAUGUUAAUGGCUUCCUUUACCGCCUUCCGCCCUCUAACUUGCGCUGCCUCUGCCUCCUAUCCUGCGCGCCUGGCUCCACACCCGCCGGACCUGAUCAAGUGGGUCCGUCGGGAAGGAGGGUUCGUGCACGAGGCCGUGAAGAUAGCUCAAGAUAGUUCAUUUGGUCUUGGAUUGGUGGCUUCUGAGGAAAUCCCAAAGGGUUCCGAACUAAUUGUGCUUCCGGAGCACGUACCGUUGAGAUUUGACUCAAUUGAAUCGGACGGCGGAGAUGGGGUCGACUCUGUUCUCGACGAUUUGGCUCGCCUAGUUCCUGAGGAACUAUGGGCAAUGAAAUUGGGUUUGAAGCUUCUGCAAGAAAGAGCAAAAACUGGAUCCUUCUGGUGGCCAUACAUCAGCAGCCUUCCUGAAACGUUCAAUAUACCCAUCUUCUUCCCCGGUGAGGACAUAAAGAAUUUGCAGUAUGCUCCACUUCUUUAUCAGGUGAACAAGAGAUGCAGAUUUCUUCUUGAUUUUGAAAAAGAAGUCAAACGUGCUCUGGAAAAUCUGAAAUCAAACGAUCACCCUUUUGGUGGCCAAUCUGUAGAUGCAUCCUCCCUUGGAUGGGCAAUGUCAGCAGUUUCGUCUCGGGCAUUCCGUUUAUAUGGUAAAAAGCUUCGAGGUGGGAACUACAAUGAUAUCCCGAUGAUGCUUCCUCUCAUUGAUAUGUGCAACCAUAGUUUCAACCCAAAUGCCGCAAUAGUUCAGGACCAAGAUAAUAGGAACAUGAAGAUGCUAGUAAAGGUUGUAGCAGAAACAGAGAUCAAGGAGAACGAUGGUUUAGUACUCAACUAUGGAUGUUUAAACAAUGAUCUUUUCCUUUUGGAUUAUGGAUUUGUGAUACCUUCAAAUCCCUAUGAUUGUAUUGAGCUCAAAUAUGAUGGAGCACUUCUGGACGCUGCAAGUAUGGCUGCAGGAGUGUCAUCGCCCAACUUCUCUACACCAUCUUCAUGGCAGAAAGAAAUUUUAUGCCAGCUAAAGUUAGAUGGGGAAGCUCCCCUUCUUAAGGUAUGCUUAGGGGGCUCGGAACUGGUGGAGGGGCGCUUGUUGGCAGCCUUAAGAGUUGUUCUUGCUGAUGACAUAGAAACAGUUCAGAAGCAAGAUUUAAAUAAACUUAAAUCUAUAUCAGCUGAAGCUCCCCUUGGUAUUGCAAAUGAAUUAGCUGCUUUUCGCACCGUUAUUGCGUUAUGUGUGAUUGCACUGGGACAUUUCCCAACCAAAAUCAUGGAAGACGAAUCCCUGUUGAGUAGAGGUGUUUCAGAUUCUACACAGCUGGCUAUCCAGUUCAGAAUUCAGAAAAAAUCGGUGAUUAUAGACGUGAUGAGAGAUCUCACAAGGAGGGUGAAGUUACUUGCAUCGAAAGAAACCGCCACCUCUCAAGGCUGAAUUACUGCAGUAAAGUUGGCGUGUUUGCCCACAACACUCUUUUACUCUUGGUCAUGUUUGUUGCCUCUUCUCUUUUUAGUUACUUUGUUCACAAUUUCUUUCUUCUCUUUAGUAAUUUGAGUAUUAUCAUUUGUAGAAUGCUUGAAAACGUUGGUUUGUUUAGUUUUGAUCUCAGAUCUUUUGUUCUUUU